AUGAAUAAAGAACAAAAAGAUCGAUUAAAUCAUCACUUCUUUGAAAAAUUCUAUUUCGCUGGUGAAAAUUAUUUUUUGUCAGCUUGUAAGACUCUUAAUUCGCAAGAGAAUCAAAAAACUUCUCAUGGUAAUAUUCGUAAUGCUGCCACGAAUUUUCGUAAAGCCCUUAUGGUUUUAAGCAAUGCUCAUUCUGAUUUCGUGUCACGUCACGAAGCAGAGCAUUUAAUGGAUAAAGUAUGGGAUAAAUAUGAUCAAUGUUGGGUUGGAAGUAAAGAAAAUGAAAGCAAUAUGGUAAAUUUAACUGAAAUAAUUGAGGAUGAAGUAAAUAAAAAACUCUUAAAGAAAGCGCAAAAGAAAGGAGUAAAGAGCAUAAGUAAUAUUAAAGAGUUCAAAUCAGAACUAAAGAUGGAACAUUUUGUUAAUAUGCAAUGUGUUGUUGAAGAUGAUUAUGACUUUAUGGAACCACCUGAUUUAAGUUUCUUGGUUGAUUAUAUAAACGAUUGUGCUGUACAAGAUGCAAGCGCAUCAUCAUCGUUUAAAGAUGAUAAAGUUGGUGCAGACACUGCCAAGAUUCCUCCAAAACGCGAUAUGACCAAUCAUUCGGGGAAUCUACAGGCAUCAAAUCCUGCACUAUCAGAUGAAUCUAACAGAGAUAUGAUGGAUGUUGAUAAUGAUUCUUUAAAUAUAUAUAACGAGAGAUUUCCCAAUGAACUACAUACCAUAAGAGGUCCGCAGUAUUUAGAAAAUUAUAAAAUGAAAAAAAAUGACACUAUUCCAAUGAAUGUAAAUUAUGAAAAUGACGACAAAGACCAACAUGAUCAUUCUACGAUUCAGCGUGGUUCUUUCAUUACUGCAAAACAACAGAUGGUGAUUGAAAAUCAGAAGAAAGGCCGUUUUUCUCCACCUUAUAAUCAAGGUCCACUGUAUAAUAAUUUUAAUGACUUUGUUGACAAACCUCACAUACCAGGGACUCAUAAAAAAAGGGCCGUAGGAGCAUCAAGCCAGAACACUAAAAAAGGAAGGUUCAUAUCUCCUUUAUUGAAACGAAAUGAAAGCCUUGGUGGUGGAACGAAAAUGCACAAAAACGAUUAUUCUUCAUCUUUCGGGUUUAAAAGAGAUAAAAAUGAUAGAAAACAAUGUUGUGAUACUGAGAAAGAGCAAGAAAUUGACAGUAGAUUAAAAAAUAUUGACCCAAAAAUGAUCGAAAUGAUCCAAAAUGAGAUUAUGGAUCGGACUCCCAACAUUUCCUGGGAAGAUAUCGCUGGAUUAGAACAUGCGAAAAAAACCAUUCAAGAGGCCGUCACAUGGCCUAUGUUAAGGCCUUCUUCAUCCUUAACUUCGAAAUGGGUUGGUGAUGGUGAAAAAAUGGUUCGCGCUUUAUUCGCUGUUGCAAGGGUGAAUCAACCCGCUGUAGUAUUCGUAGACGAGAUCGAUUCUUUAUUAACUCAAAGAACUGAUGGCGAAUUUGAAUCUUCGAGACGCAUCAAAACUGAGUUUUUGGUUCAAUUUGAUGGUGUAAAAACCGCUGAGUUAGAAGAGGAUCGGAUUCUUAUUGUUGGUGCAACCAACAGGCCACAAGAAAUCGAUGAAGCUGCGCGACGCCGGUUUCGUAAAAGGCUCUAUAUUCCUUUACCAGAAUUAGAUGGAAGACAUGGCAUUAUAAAAAAUUUAUUACAGAAACAAAAACACUCAUUGACAGAACAAGAAAUUUAUGACAUUUGCGAGAAAACUGCAGGUUACUCUGGGUCAGAUAUGGAUGGAUUAUGUAGAGAAGCUGCAUUGGGGCCAAUACGCGUAAUCGAAGAUAUAAGAAAUAUUUCAGCGGAUGACGUCCGACCAAUAAAUUACCAAGACUUUUUAAACGCGUUGACGCAAGUUCGUGCAAGUGUUAGCGAUCGCGACUUGGAAUUAUAUCAAACAUGGAACCAAAACUAUGGAA